AUGAAGUGGGCAAUUACUGACAAGUUUCGAGAUUACCUACUGGGCAACCAAUUUACAGUGCUGACUGAUAACAAUCCUCUCCUGUAUGUCACCACCUCUGCCAAGCUAGAUGCAACAGGCCAAAGAUGGAUUGCUGCGUUAUCCCAGUUCAACUUCACCGUGAAGUACAAACCAGGCAAGAGCAACGAAGCAGCCGAUGCGCUAUCUCGCAAACCACAUUCUGAUACCUCGAGGACUCUCCUGACAUUCCAGAAGGACGCCAUCACCAUCCCACCUCACAUCGUGCAAGCCAUCUGCAACAGUCACCCACUAGAACCAAAUCUCUUUGUACAGCCUCCGGUAGCUAGAUGUGAAGUCACGACCGAGAGUCACAUGCCUGGACCAACCAAUGACUUGCCUAGACUAUCCAAAAAAGACAUCAUUUCAGCCCAGAGAAGUGAUCAUAAUGUCGCAAGAGUCAUACACUAUACAUGGAGAAGGGCAGAAAGCCAACCAGAGAAGAGAGAGGUUGCGAACAGCUUGGAUGUCUCAUCUGUUUACGACAAUGGGCAACGCUCCAGAUGA